ACGACACUUCCGGGUCUGGCCCCCUGUUAGUUUCCUGACUCGGUGAACCUGACAGCUGAAAUCGUCCAGGACCAAAGACCAUUUAGGGUUGCAGUCAUGUCGGCAGCUGCUCCGGGGACCACCAAGCCGGUCCACGGCGAUGUAGCCGCGAAGAAAAAGAAGGGACCCGGUGCCCUGGCCACGGCCUACUUGGUCAUUUACAACGUUGUUAUGACAGCGGGGUGGCUGGUGAUCGCUGUGGGUCUGGUCAGAGCUUACCUGGCCAGAGGAAGCUACCACGGGCUGUACUACUCCAUAGAGAAGCCUCUGAAGUUCUUUCAGACUGGAGCGAUUCUGGAGAUCCUGCACUGUGCUGUAGGAAUCGUACCGUCGUCUGUGGUCCUGACUGGAUUCCAGGUCAUGUCCCGGGUCUUCCUCACGUGGGCCGUCACACACAGCGUCAGAGAGGUGCAGAGUGAGGACAGCGUGCUGCUGUUUGUCACGGCCUGGACCAUCACAGAGAUCAUCCGCUACUCCUUCUACACCUUCAGCCUCCUCAAUCACCUGCCAUACCUCAUCAAAUGGGCAAGGUACACCUUCUUCUUUGCGCUGUAUCCCAUGGGAGUGACGGGGGAACUGCUGACCAUCUACGCGGCGCUGCCGUACGUGCAGAAGACGGGCCUGUACUCCGUCACGCUGCCCAACAAGUACAACUUCUCUUUCGACUACCACAGCUUCCUCAUCCUCAUCAUGAUCUCCUACAUUCCCCUCUUCCCCCAGCUUUACUUCCACAUGAUACGACAGAGGAAGAAGGUGCUGGGCCACGUGGAAGACUACAGCAAAGUGGAGUGAGCCAAGCAGCAUUCAGACACGUGUGAUGAAGGGAAGAGAAACCAAAACAACCAACAGAAGAGGAACAAAAUCAUGUCUGCUUAAAGAAGCGUGAGCCUUGCAGGAGCUCAAAUUAUCAAGCAACUUAAUUUCUUUCCCCAGCUGAUCAUGAACGAACUGCCGGUUCUUUUGUAUUUUUCGUUGUCGUUUUUAUUUAUGAACAAACGUAGGUUACUUUGUGUUUAGUCGGGGAGCCUGCAGCUGUGAAGAAACUGUACCCUGGAUACAGAUGAGCUGCUGUCUGAGCGCGGUGCAGCUGAGUGACGCACCAAUAGAAUCGAUAACCUCCUUUUUAAAAGUCACUAUAGAAAAUCCCUUUAUAGAUUUCUCCCCUUCGCUCUCUUUAGAGAAGCAGUUUUGCUUUACUAGGACAUAGAAAGAAUAACGUGAAGACUAAAACUAGCUUGUAGGUUUUGCAUAUACAGUGUUUGUCGGUGCAAACUGGUCUUCUCUCAUUCAUUUCACUCUGACAUUUCUAAUUAAGUUCAAUAAACCUUUUUCCAUUCUGUGCUUGCAUGGUUCUCCAUCAGUUCUCUUGUGUUUGCUUGGAUGUGGUUCUGACUUCUGUCACAUUGGAUGUGUUGACAGAGAUGUCUUUUGAUUUCCUCAUUGUUUGAUGUUCAGGUGUUUUAUACAUUAAUGCGCUGUAGCCGGUGUGUGUGUUUGCGUCACACAUCCUUCCCUCUUCUCUUCAUGCCGUUGCAUUUUCCUUUUACAUUUUAGUAUUUUAAACUCUAAUAAAGUGAAACUUUAUA